AUUUACUCUAUAAAUAUUACAGCAUAACCUCCCUCCUGUCUGUCGGCUUUUGAGCACACAGGCAGAAGCUACCAGAUGGAUCUGUUUAUCUUAAAAUCACUUGUUUUUCCACUCUGUUUUCUUGGGCACAGUGCUGGUAAAAAGGUUUUACCAGCAAGUCCUUUGGAAGCCUAUUUGGGGGAAAAUAAAACCCUGAAUAUCCUAGUUGAAAAAGAGAAAAACGACAUUAUAAUCUGGGUUUUCAAAACUGAGAAAAAACGUAUGGAAAUUGCUACCUUACAGCCAUCAGGUCUCACUGUGAAUGACCGUUACAAAGGUAGAGCUUUUGUUGACUCAGCCAACGGAUACCUGACCUUGAUCUCUGUAAAACUGGAGGACACUGGAAAUUAUACUAUCUCCAUAGUGGGGACACAAACCCUAACCGGACAGGUUGAACUUCAUAUUAUAGAUGUUUUACCUCCUAUCCUGGAAUUGCCACCCCUCACCAGUGAAGAUCGUCGAAAAGAGCACAUCACCCUCACGUGUCUUGCAAACCAGGGCUACCCCUCAGAGUGGGACCUGCACUGGCAUAUCAGCAUUCAUCCAACUUAUAUCAACAGCUCAGUCGAAUGGGAGGAGGAAUGGAACCCUGGGAUACUGCAAGAUGAUAAGUUCUGCAGCUGGAGAAGCUCCUUGAAGAUUGCUGUAGAUGACUUACAAAAGAUAAACUCUGUUACCUGUAUGGCCCAUCUGGGUUCACUGGCUCCAGUCAGAGUCAAACUGAAGGCAGAGCAGAUUUUUAAGAACCAAACUGUCUCAGAGGGUUGAUUUAAUCUUUGCUAUCAACCUGUGGGAUUAUUCAUGUGGUAUUUGUCUCUUUGUUACUAAGGUCAUCUUCCGAAUAUUCAAUGCAUUACGUAUAACUCUCACCUACUUUGAAUAUCAGAUUGUUAUAAAAGCAACAGCUUUUCAAAAUAAACCUAUGAUUUUUAUAUUACUUCAAGAGGCAUUGUAUUAACUGUAA